AUAUGGCCGCUUCAGGUAAAACAGGAAGUAUUUUUGAUUGUCCAAUUUGUUUUGAAAAAUUGAGGACACCAAAAUAUCUACCUUGUCUUCAUACAUUUUGUGAGCCAUGUAUCCAAUCAUUCAUUGAUUCAUGUAUGGUUAACUGUGUCAAAAACCACAGAACGAUAUCGUUUGAGUGUCCCGUGUGUCGAUGCGUCAAUUUGCCACCAUCUCAAAAUAUAUCAUCCGAAAAAUGGGCAAAGGAAUUGCCGGUAAACCAUCAACUUUUGACUAUUCAGGAAUCGUAUCGCACACCUAUAAUUUCAAGCUGCGAAGUGUUAUGUGACUCUUGUACGCAAAACGGUGAGCAUAUAAGUGCGACACGUCGAUGUCAACAAUGUAAAGAUAACCUAUGUGAAACCUGUUUCAAGUUUAUUCAUGAAAGAGUGAAGGCAUUUGCUUCGCACACGUUUGUUGAAUUGACAUCCAAAAAACCAGAAACCGCUGAUGAUAGUGGAAAUUGUAUGGUUCAUCCUGGCAAACCAAUAAAAGUUUAUUGCUUUGAUCAUGAACAACUUGGCUGCAACUUCUGUUUGACUUCAGAACACAAAGACUGCAAAACGGUUUUGGCAUUAGACGAAAUUGACGAGAGUGAUUUAGACAACUCCUCUAAAAGUUUCAUAAAAGAAUCAAAGAAAAUGAGGGAUUUGACCACUUCUGUUAUGCAAAACACAAAGAGAAAUAUAAAUGAAAUAAAUCAGAAACGAACAAAAAUUCUUAUCGACGUCAGUAAAAACAUUGAAGACAUAAAAAGAGUACUCGAUUCUUUACAUUCAAAGUUAGAGAAAUCUUUACAAAGUACUCACAGAAAAGAAACAUCUGAAUUAUCGACUGUACUAGAGGCAUUAGAAAAGUUCAAUGAGGUUCUCGCCCAAAGUGAAAACAUUACAUCUACCGAAAUGCAGAAGGGGAACAAAAAACAUCUAUUUAUAGCAACGGAAAGGAAGAAAAUACAGCUACAGAAACACUUGCAAAAAAUUAAAUCUAUUAGAAAGCAAAUGAGGAGAUCAACAUUGGAAUGGACACCGAUUGAUGCAGUAAAUACUUUGAUAAAUUUGACCAAAUUAGGUGUUUUUGAAUACAAAAGCGAGUCAUUGGACUAUGUUACACCAAUUGAAAAUUAUUUCAAAUGUAUAGAAAAUGAGGGGCUUCACAAGAAAAUAGAAUCAAAGAAAGAAGCCGAGGAGUUUGUACGGAGAAAUAUUGUUCAAGCUCCUAUCAGAAUAUUGCGAGGAAUAUCAACCGAUUACACAAAGUCUACGGACAAUAAGCUGGUAGCCGCAGCUUUUGAUUUACGAUACUCAUCGUGGGGUUUCGCAUUUUCAACCCGUGGAACUUACUCCGAUGUAAAAACUAUUAAUUGGCGCUCAAGUAGAUUAAACGUAUCGCAUACUUUGCCUGCAUCUUUACUGUUGAAUCCAGACAAGUCAUUCAGAGCAUUUGGAUACGAAGCGCAAGAACAAUACGCUUGUCUAACAGGUCGAAGAAGAAUGGAAUUUUAUUUCUUUCAAGAUAUAAUGAGCGUUUUUGACUCACAAAAGACAUUCAGUCAGCAUACAAUACAAAGGGAUAUCACUGGAAAAGAAAUAGAAUCUACAACGAUUUUUGAGCGGGCAUUUGGUUUUCUUCUUGCAGAUUUUACUCGCUCUAUAAGUUGUGACCGUUUGAAAAUACGUGAAACAGACAUAAAAUUUGUCAUUAUUGUGCCUACAUAUUUCAGUGAGAAUGAACAGCAAUUUGUCUACGAAACGGCAGUAAAGAGUGGAUUUCUCCGAUCAUCUCUUAUCGUUGUAUUAGAAACAGAGGCAGCGUUCUUUUUUUACCAAUGCUUAGUAACUAAAGAAAAUAGGGAGAAAAAGGAAGUUCCUGUUGGAAAAAAGUAUCUUGUUGCCUGUUUAGGAGAGAAGACAUCAACGUUAUCUGUCAACAGAAAGAGCAACGACGGAUCUUCAGAUGAAAUUUUAAGAAUAAGUAAAGGAUCGUGGGGAAUGCAAUCUCUGUUGGACGAAUUUGAUACUUGCAUUGAAGAAAUAGUUGGCAAGCUGCAAAUGCAAGCAAUGAGAAAAGAUCUUUCCUCCGACUACACAGAUUUUACUGAAGAUUUAAAAAGAAAAUUUAAAACAACACACAAUGUUCAAAGACUGCAAAUUUCAAUUCCAUUCAACAUUCUACAAUGGGUUGAAGAUCACACACUUUCAUCUAUGGAACAAAAUAUCAAUGCUUCUAAAUAUUCAGAAAAAGUACAAAUAACAUGUGAUAAGAUGAGAUGGAGCAAGGAUGGUAUCUCACUACUCUGUGACAAGACGAUUAAAAGAAUUAUAGAACAUAUCAAAACAAUACUUGUCAGUGAUAUGGUAGAUAUUGAAACUAUUCUUUUGAUUGGAAGCCUAUCUGAAGUUAUCGUCGUCCAAAAUGCAGUGAGAGAUUUUUUCAAUACAAAACGUGUUGUUAUUUUACAAGAGAAUGCUGUCUUAACAGGUGCAGUUCAUAUCCGCCACGCGAUCGAUUGUCAAACUGGAGAUUGUUAAUAUUGUUGGUGUUGCCCUUAAAACAACAAUUUAGCUCACCUGAGUCAAAGGCUCAAAUGAGGUUUUCUGAUCAAAACUUGUCGGUUGUCGUCGUAAACCCUCACAUUUUUAUCAUCUUACUAGACCAAUUUUAACAAAACUUGGUACAGAGCAUCCUUGGUUGGUGGCGAUUAAAGUUUGUUCUAAUAGAGACCACGCCCUCGUGGGUAGGUAAAGGAAGCAUAUUCACAAUUCAGUGUCUUAUUCAGACUGUUACAUAAAAAAGUAAAAUUAAGUUAUUUUUUUAUUUAGACAAAAAAAACUUGAUAUUUUCCCUUUUGUAAUAUGACAAUGCAAUAAAAUCGCGUGAGGACAUCUCAAGCCCCUCGGUAAAAUAUUACGCGAUAACUAUGAAUACACGUACCUUCAAGUAGACUAAAUGAGAUUCAAGUUUGUUCAUGACCCUAGGGGUGGGAUUGUUACAAUGGGAGGGGGCUAAAUUUAAACAUAGGAUUGAUUAGAAAAAAAUCUUUUAAAUUCUUUUUCUAAAAAAUCUGUAUGGCUAGAAAUAUGUUGCAUUGGAUAUCCUAAAGCUGGUUUGUUCAGUUUUACGGCUAUUGUUACUCAGGUGAACGGUGUGGACCUAGGACCUCUUGUCUCAUUUUAUGAUAACCCUCUACUUUAAAUCUAGAAUACAAAUGUUUUACAAAUUAAAAUACACUUAUCUGAAUAAAACCUUAGCAAAAUAGAAUGUACAUGUACGAUAUACAAUGUAUAUUUUUCGCAAUGACGGGGAUGCAGUAUGAAAAAGAUAUAUAAAAUAUUAGAAUCGGAUCACAACAUUCUGAAUGAAUCUGUGUUUUUAGAAGUAGUAUUUCUUUAUUAAAUCGUCAGCAAUCAUAUUUUACUGACUGUUUAAAAUUUUUUGGCUUUUAGCUAUACAAUGUAGACAUGUAUGCCGUAUUCAAUUAAUGAUCAAGCUAUA